AUGUCUUUCACCCUGAAGGGAGUUGCAUACAUUACCGGUGCCGGCUCCGGCAUUGGACAAUUCACAGCAUAUGCUCUUGCAAGGCAAGGCGUACGAUCAUUUGCUUUAGUCGACCGCAAUCCCUGUUCGACAACAGUCAGCGAACUGAAGAAGAUCUCAACUGAGAUCUCAGUCCAGUCUUUUGAGCUAGAUGUUACGAGCGAAAAGGCAAUCGACGAUAGUGUCAAAAAGACAGUCAAAGAAUUUGGACGACUAGAUUAUGCGGUCAACAACGCGGGCAUAGGCGGUCCCAUCAAAACAUCAGACCAAGUAUCCAAAGAAGACUUCGAAAAGGUUCUUGCUGUGAAUACGACUGCAGUGUGGCAAUGCCAGCGCGCCCAAAUUCGCCAAAUGCUGAAACAAGAGAAAAUGUCGGACUCGUACCGGUCUUAUCGUGGAUCCAUUGUCAAUGUGGCGUCCAUGUAUGGCCUGGUCGCACCACCGCUCAAUGUCCCAGCAACCUCAUACGCUACAAGCAAACAUGCAGUUGUUGGCCUGACCAAAGCAGAUGCGCUUGCUUUCGCGCAUAAAGGCAUCAAAAUCAACGCAAUAGCCCCGGGCUAUGUGCUGACGCCUCUGGUCCAGAAAUCCAUGAGUCAAGGCGACAUGAUAGAGACGGAAAGAAUGAAAGUUCCCAUCCAUCGCUAUUCGGAGAUGGAGGAGAUUGGCGAUUGCAUAGCGUUUCUGCACUCGGACGCGGCUAGCUACAUGAUUGGCGCCACCUUGGUGGCUGACGGCGGAUACAGUGUCUUGUAA